ACCUAUUUCUAUUUCUACAACAAUAUGGCGCAGUUUAAAUAAAAAGCUGGAUAAUCUUCGAGUGCUGAACGAUGCAGGGAAAUGCACAACGCCCUAAGUGACAUAAAGAAAAAGAGUUCAUUCACAUUGCAGUGACAUAUUGAUUUCUUGGAUACGUCUAACUACCUCCUCUGCAGAAACUACACUGGGCUUCACUGUAUUAUUAUUAUUACUAGCAUUUCAAUAACAACAUCUACCAAGUGAGCUCCUAACACUGGGGAGAGGACAGAGGCGAGAUGGGCUGCCUGUGGAUGUUCUGGGCUUUCUUCUGUUUGGCAGCCGCACCGGUGCUGUGUGUUCCACCGGUUGGUUUACAGCCAGAGCAAGUGCAUGUGUCCUAUACAGGAGUCCCACAGUCCAUGAUCAUCACCUGGACAACCUUCAAUAAGACUGAGUCGUGGGUGGAGUAUGGAGUGUGGGGAGGGAAACUGUUUCAGCUGACAGCUCAAGGAAGCUGCACGUUGUUUAAGGAUGGAGGAGAUGAAGGGAGGAAGCUGUACAUGCACCGAGUUACCCUAACCCACCUCAAACCUGGCACGGCCUAUGUUUAUCACUGUGGCAGCAAUGACGGCUGGAGUGACAUCCUGUUUUUCACGGCUAUUAAAGAAGGCAGUGAAUGGAGCCCCAAGUUUGCUCUCUUCGGUGACUUGGGCAACGACAACCCCCAGUCUUUGGCCAGACUUCAGAAGGAAACGCAGCUGGGAAUGUAUGAUGUCAUCUUACACAUCGGGGAUUUUGCCUACGACAUGGAUGAGGACAAUGCUCGAAUUGGAGACGAGUUCAUGAGACAGAUUCAGUCUAUCGCAGCGUAUGUUCCCUACAUGACAAGCCCAGGAAACCACGAGAACGCAUACAAUUUCUCCAACUACAGGAACCGCUUCAGCAUGCCGGGUGACACAGAGAGCCUUUGGUACAGUUGGAACAUUGGGCCUGCUCACAUCAUCUCUUUUUCCACCGAAGUGUAUUUCUACCUGGAGUACGGCCUAGAUCUAAUCUUCAAACAGUAUUCUUGGCUUGAAAAAGACCUAGAGGAAGCCAACAAGCCAGAGAACCGGAGAGUACGGCCCUGGAUUAUCACCAUGGCGCACAGACCCAUGUACUGUUCCAAUGAUGAUAAAGACGACUGCACCAAGUUUGAGAGUUAUGUCCGAGUGGGACGCAAUGAUAUAAUGCCUGUGGCCCCGGGUCUGGAAAAACUCUUCUAUGAUUAUGGGGUCGAUCUGGAGCUGUGGGCACACGAGCACACCUAUGAAAGGCUCUGGCCUGUCUACGGAUUUCAAGUCUUCAAUGGCAGCAUGGAGCACCCUUAUGUUAAUCCCAGGGCUCCAGUUCACAUCAUCACAGGAUCAGCAGGGUGUCGAGAGAAACACGAUGGGUUCAUCCCUGCACCCAGGGACUGGAGUGCUUUCCGCAGCACUGAUUAUGGGUACACCCGCAUGCAGAUCCUGAACAGCACUCACCUCUACCUGGAACAGGUGUCUGACGACCAGAAUGGCAGAGUGAUUGACAACAUGUGGCUUGUGAAAGAACAACACGGCACUGCUGCCUGGAAAUGAAUUACCAGCGAUAAGAAACCAUUUAUCCCUAAUUUCUUGAUGCACUUUGGAUUUUAACUGCUGCUGAUUUUAAAAACUAGAAACUUCAUAGGGAUUUAAAUUACCUGUGAUCAUUUUAAGAAUUAAGUAUCUCGAUAGAGAAGAUGUGUAGAACUAUGUAAUUGUUUAUUUUAUAUCAAUUGCAGUCACUGCAUUUUUGCUGUAUAAUUUUAAAUUUUAGGAAUUUGCUUUGCAGAAAUACAUACAUACAUACAUGCAUACAUACAUACAUACAUACAUACAUACAUACAUACAUGCAUACGUACCUUGAUGUCUAUUAAAUUGUGAUGGGGGUGUUGUGUCUUGAUUAUAUAUACAUCAACAUGUUUUGGUCAGAUGACUAUAGAAAGAACACAGUGAAUUAUUAUGAUCUGCAAUACAUAAACCCAGUGUUUAACUUUUCAAUUAUGAAUGUGUUAUUAUUAAGAGUUAUUUUAACUGCUUUAGAAAUGGCGUCAAUAAAUUGAAGGGAAGAAAAGGUUCAGUUUCUUCACUCUGGAAAUCAGGUGAUCCUAUUCAUCUGCUUUGUUCGACUAGGUAAUUAAUUACUUUUGUGCUGUGAUUCAGGUAUUAUUAUUAGCUUGUGUUUUAAUUGUGUUAAAACUGUGUUUGAAUUGUUGUAUGGUUUUGUAUCCCUGUCACUAUUCAAUCAGACUCCCAGACUUGUCUCAAACACACUUUAUUUCGUUUAAGUUUGAUUGAAUAUAACCAUGGGCCCUAUAAUAUUGGGGUAAAUCUACUGAUAAAUAAUAAAAAAAUAUGUCAAUCA